AUGACGAAGAUGAUCCAGAGAGUGACACGAGAAAGGGCAAGGCUCGAGGUCGUCAAGGCCACCAACGAGUACCAACUUGCAUGCCACCAUGCCGUUCGAGCCAACAGACUUGAAUUCGAGCUGGAGGAUGUCAACAUCGGCGGUCUCCUCGACUCUGCCUCAAUGGGUAACGACAGCAGCGACGAGGACGGCGACGGCCGCAGCACCUUCGAUCAGUGCACUGUGUACGCGAUCGUGCGCCCUGACGGCAAUCUGCCGCCCGACCGUAUUGCAACCCUCCGUAUGGCCGCAAUCGCCGAGAGUCAAGUGAACAUCGCAACCUUUCGCGGCGACAUUCUGGAGACCGUGCUAGAUGUGGAGCCACUCGCUCACGACCUCUUGGAUCGCCAUGGAGCGUUCAGGUCCGGUAUCUGGGGAUGUGGGUCUCCAAAGGAAGGAACAGGAGUCUGGGGAAGCGAGUUUGGACGUGGGCUUCUUGUCUUCAUUGAGCACGUCGACGUCAAGCACUCUCUACGUGGAAUUGGCGUCGGCACCAAGCUCUUCAAACAAGUUUUGGACUGGGUGAAGAAGAAGGCACGCGAGCUCGGCCAGCCCGCUGAGGCCUGCAGCUACUUGGUGGUGGCGCCUGGUUCCCUUAGACAAGACGUCGUCCGCGAGUUUGGAGAGGGGAACUUCUUCACAGGAGACUACGGCACGAGGCAGGCGGAGGUUGAUGGGUUCAUGGAGAAGCAGGCAGAGAAGUCGAAAAUGUGGCUCCCAACCUUUGAGCGUCUCCCAUGA